UAGAGUCUCGUGGAUCGGUACGAUGAGCUCCGUACUUAUCUGCGGGAGGCUAUGGGACAUUUAGGAAAUCUCAUCUUCUUUCUUUCCAUCGUGCUACUUUAUUCAAAUUGGUAUCUGGAAAGACCAAAUUGGUAUCUGACUCUUAUCUCUUCUCUCACAGAUGGUGAGGACUCGAGCUACUACGGCCCGAGGUCAGGUGCCGGAGCCCGCAGCUACGGCUGGCACCCGAGGGCGCGCUACAGUCAGAGGACGCGGCAGAGCGAGAGGCCGCGGGGCUGCCCCAGCCAGGGGUAGAGCUCCGACGGUGGGCCAGCGACGAGAGAGGUCUCCAUCUCCCGAGCCCGAGUACCAGCCGGGUAGAGACCAGACCGUAGGGGAUGGCGUGACCCCAGCACGGACACAGCCUGAGGUUACUUCUGACCAGGCCGUGCAUGACACUAUGGCCAGGAUCCUACUUCAUCUUGAUGCCCAGCAGGCGGCCGCCGGUGUUACUACUCCCGGCGGGGGUUCACAGACUAGGGUUGGGGCACAGACCCCUGAGCAGGGACCCACGCGGGUAGCACAUCCCGCCGCAGCUAUGGCUCCCCGCAUUGAUGCUAUACCCGCUCCUGGGGAGGAUAUUAGGCCCAUGGAUGGCGCCGUUAUGACUGCUGCUGAUCAGGAUCUGGUGGGGAGGUUCAGGAAGUUAGAGCCGCCGAGGUUCUCUGGUACUUCGUCUGAGGAUGCCUAUGAGUUUAUUCUUGAUAUGCAUGAGUUGUUGCACCGUAUGGGGAUAGUGGAGACCCACGGCGUUGAUUAUGUGUCCUACCAGUUUCGCGGCGACGCGAAGACGUGGUGGAGGUAUUUCGUGUCGUGCAGACCUGAGGGUUCUCCUCCGUUGACUUGGACUCAGUUCUACCGGGCCUUCCUUGAGAAGUAUGUGCCCGGUCUUUGAGAGA